GUCGGGCCCCACGCGGAUCUCUAAAAUAUCCUUGCCAGCUUGCCUCUUGGCCUAUAUUUACCGGGCCUGCAGCUUAUAUUUGUGACCUUUAUUGCAUCACUUUCAGUCAUGUCUGACAGAGAGUUUAGCUCAAACGACGACCUGUCGCUUCCCAAAGCGACGGUCCAAAAAAUCAUCACCGAGAUCCUCCCUCCUUCCUCAGGACAAACAUUUUCCAAAGAUGCGCGCGAUCUGCUCAUGGAAUGCUGUGUCGAGUUCAUCACCUUGAUUUCAUCCGAAGCGAAUGACAUCAGUGAGAAAGAAGCCAAGAAGACCAUAGCAUGCGAGCAUGUGGAGAAGGCACUGCGCGACCUGGGCUUCGCCGACUAUAUCCCCGAUGUCCUGGCUGUUGCUGAAGAUCACAAAGAGCAGCUGAAGUCUCGGGAGAAGAAGCAGAGCAAGAUGGAGCAAAGUGGACUCUCUGAAGAAGAGCUCCUUCGGCAACAGCAGGAACUUUUCAGGUCCGCUACUGAGAAGUACAACCAGGGUCCUGAAUAAGAUGGCCUGGGCGAGAUCUCAUGCUGGUCAUAGAGCAAAAAGACGCCAGG